AUGCCUCCGAAGAAGCGAAAGGGCCGCAAGGGAAGCAAGGGCGGCGGCGGGAGCGUGUCGAGUGGACAGCCCAAGUACCGCUUCGCAUCUGCACACAAGGAAGACCACGGCAAGCCGCUCUUCGGCGUCUCCUUCAACCCCUAUCUAUCACAGGGCGAGUCCCCACAGUACAUAUGCGCGACCGUCGGCUCAAACCGAGCGAGCAUCUACGAGUGCCUGGAGGACGGGACACUGCAGCUUCUGCAGGCAUACGUCGAUGAGAACCCGGACGAGGUGUACUACUCUGCCGCGUGGACACACGACCAGGCCAAUGACCGCGCCCUGCUCGCUGUAGCCGGCUACCUCGGCCUGAUCCGGCUCGUGCGCACCGACACGUUCUCAAACUCGCGAUCGACGGAGAGCGAGAUUGCGCUGUGGACAUUUGGCGGCGAACCCCGCCUCGACCUGCCAGAGGAGCGACGGGAGUACUUUGGAGAUCCAAUCACAAUCGUCCGCAGGCUGCCGCUGGACAACUGCAACAUCUGGUUUGUCAAGUUUGACGUGGAGGCGACGUUCACCUUUUUGGCGGCGGGGAACCAAGCCGGCAAAGUGUUCCUGUGGGACAUGACGACGCUCACGAAAUCAACAGCGCCAAUUCAAGUGCUGCAGCAUUCGCGGGCGACGCGGGCAGUGCGACAAGUGGCCUUCUCCGCAGACGCAGCGAUCAUCGUGUACGUGUGCGACGACGGGUCCAUACACCGCUGGGACCGCAUCAAGUCGUGAUGGUGAUGGUCAUCGUGUAGCGUCGUGGUGGUGUAAUUGUGAGGUGUGGGUUGUGUACACACGUCCGCCCUCGCCCACGCGUUGUUUCUCCAACAGGCAGCCUCUGUUGUGCAUUCCGCUUUCUUCUCGGCUAUCGCUUGGUCUAAUUGAAAUCACUCGAGCUCUCAA